GAGAGUCGAAACUCUGCAAUUAACACUUAUCUCACUCCCAUUUCUCUCUCUCUUUCUCUAUAUCAGAUGCGAAGGAAGUUUCCCGCCAAAUGAUUGAAGGCUUCACGGCGUCGCCACCACCGCCAUGAUCGCUCACUCCCAUCGGACCUCCGUCGUCGUCGUCUUCUUCUCUGUCGCGAUCCCUCUCCUCUCCUUCUCUCUCCUCCGCAAUUCGCCGCCCCGCGCUUCUCCGACCGCUGCUCCAAACCUAAAUUCUUCCUCUCCGGGAGUUGAUCUCAAGAACAAUUACAUCGUCCGCUUCACGGAGUAUAAGAUCGCCGGAGAACACCGGGAGUACCUGCAAUCGCGCCUCCGAUCGCCGGGAUGGGGCUGGAUCGAGCGGCGGAAUCCGGCGGCUCGGUUUCCGACCGACUUCGCAUUGGUUUGGAUCGAGGAGUCGGCGAGGGAAGGGGUGGUUCGGGAGUUGGAGAGGUUAGGGAUGGUGAAGGACGUCAAUGUCGACGCGAGCUACAGGAGGGGUUUGCUUAGGGAAGGGAAGAGGAGGAGAGCUAGGGUUGGGGCUUUUGUGGAUGGGAAGAAGCGGCCUGGGAAGAUUUUCACAGCGAUGUCGUUUAGCGAAGGCGAGGGCGAGUCGUUGAGCUGGAAGAGGGAGCUAUUGGCGGAUAGAUCUCAAGUUACUUCAUUAUUUGGAGCUGAUGCUCUCUGGGCAAAGGGGUUCACUGGGUCAAAAGUCAAAAUGGCCGUCUUCGACACUGGCAUUCGAGAUAAGCAUCCGCAUUUUCGAAACAUCAAGGAGCGUACAAACUGGACCAAUGAAGAUACCUUGAAUGACAAUCUUGGACACGGGACAUUUGUUGCUGGUGUUGUCGCCGGGGUAGACGCAGAGUGUCUCGGUUUUGCUCCCGACACAGAGAUCUAUGCUUUCCGUGUGUUUACAGAUGCGCAGGUAUCAUACACAUCGUGGUUCCUUGAUGCGUUCAACUAUGCCAUUGCAACCAAUAUCGAUGUGUUAAAUUUGAGCAUAGGUGGACCUGAUUACUUGGAUCUCCCAUUUGUGGAGAAGGUAUGGGAAAUAACAGCAAACAAUAUAAUAAUGGUUUCUGCAAUUGGAAAUGAUGGACCGCUUUAUGGAACUCUAAACAAUCCAGCUGAUCAGAGUGAUGUGAUUGGCGUUGGUGGCAUUGACUAUAGUGAUCACAUUGCUUCUUUUUCCUCAAGAGGCAUGAGUACUUGGGAACUCCCUCACGGUUAUGGCCGGGUGAAGCCAGAUGUGGUUGCAUACGGCCGGGACAUUAUGGGAUCUAAAAUCAGCACAGGUUGUAAAAGCUUAUCCGGUACUAGCGUGGCAAGUCCUGUUGUGGCUGGUAUGGUUUGUCUGCUUGUUAGUGUCAUCCCUGAAAAUAAUCGGAAGCACAUCUUAAAUCCAGCAAGCAUGAAACAAGCACUUGUUGAGGGAGCUGCAAAGCUCUCUGGUCCAAAUAUGUAUGAGCAGGGUGCAGGCAGAGUUGAUCUGUUAGCGUCCUAUGAAAUUCUUAAGAGCUAUCAACCCCGUGCAAGCAUCUUUCCCAGUGUUCUCGAUUAUACAGACUGCCCUUAUUCCUGGCCCUUUUGUCGUCAACCGCUUUAUGCAGGUGCCAUGCCUGUUAUUUUUAACACGACCAUUCUUAAUGGGAUGGGUGUGGUUGGAUAUGUUGAGAGUCAACCAACAUGGCAUCCUUCUGAUGAAGAAGGUAAUCUUCUGAGCAUCCACUUUACUUAUUCAGAAGUUAUCUGGCCUUGGACUGGUUAUUUGGCACUUCACAUGCAAAUUAAGGAGGAAGGGGCACAAUUUUCUGGAGACAUUGAGGGUAAUGUGACAUUUAGGGUGUAUAGCCCUCCGGCUCAAGGAGAGAAGGACCGGCGUAUUAGUACUUGUGUUCUUCAAUUGAAGUUAAAAGUAGUUCCUACUCCACCAAGAUCAAAAAGAAUCUUGUGGGACCAGUUUCACAACAUUAAAUAUCCUCCUGGUUAUAUUCCAAGAGACUCAUUGGAUGUCCGUAAUGACAUUCUCGAUUGGCAUGGGGAUCACCUGCAUACGAAUUUUCACAUCAUGUUCAACAUGUUACGGGAUGCUGAUUACUAUGUAGAAACACUUGGUUCCCCCCUUACGUGCUUUGAUGCUCACCAGUAUGGGACACUUCUUUUGGUUGAUCUUGAGGAUGAGUAUUUCCAAGAGGAGAUUGACAAGCUAAGAGAUGAUGUUAUUAAUACUGGAUUGGGGUUGGUUGUGUUUAGCGAGUGGUAUAAUGUCGACACGAUGGUGAAGAUGAGAUUCUUUGAUGAUAACACCCGCAGCUGGUGGACUCCUGUUACUGGAGGUUCUAAUGUUCCAGCACUGAAUGACCUUUUGGCUCCAUUUGGGAUUGCAUUUGGAGAUAAAAUUCUGAAUGGAGAUUUUACAAUUAAUGGUGAACAGAGUAGAUAUGCAUCUGGAACAGACAUUGUGAGAUUUCCUGGAGGGGGUUAUGUGCACAGCUUUCCCUUCUUUGAUAGCUCAGAAAGCGGGGCCACUCAAAAUGUACUGCGGGCAUCCGACAUGUCCAUGGCAGACUCUCCCAUCCUUGGUCUUAUUGAAGCGGGUGAAGGUCGUAUUGCAGUCUAUGGGGAUUCCAACUGUUUGGACAGCAGUCAUAUGGUAACUAAUUGUUACUGGCUCCUGAGAAAAAUAUUAGAUUUCACUGGUGGGAACAUCAAAGAUCCUGUGCUUUUUGCCAACUCUGCUAAACAAGAUUCGCCCCUUUAUGUGGAUGACAACCAAUUACCAUCUCGUAGAACCGAUGUGAAUUUCUCUGCAUACUCCGCAGUCAUGGGUAAGGAAUUGAUCUGCGGAAGUGAUUCCAGAUUUGAAAUAUGGGGGACCAAGGGCUACAAUUUACAGGUUAGGGGAAGAAACAGGAGAUUACCAGGUUAUCCUGUUAUAGAUUUGGGGCGAGGUCUAAAUUCUUCGAACCGCAUGUUUGAUUCGAGGCGUCCAAAGUUGAACGUAAAGAGUAAAAGUGAUUCUUUGGGAAACAAGUACUUGGGUCUGCUCUAUGGAGAUGAGCUUGAGAUGCCUGUGCUAGCUGCUAGUCAUUGGAUUGUUCCUUCACUAAUUGCUGUUACUGGUCUUCUGCUAUUCUUGAGCUUCUGGCGAAUUCGGCAGAAGCGACGACGGCGGAGGAAGAGUUCUGGGUCUGGUCGAUUUUCUAAUCCCUAGUCCUGAAUCAAUUUUCCAAUAGGCUUUUCUUUUCUUUUCUUUAUUCUUUUCUUUUUCUCCCUCUCAACUUUGGACACCCAAAGUUUUACUGCCACCAUUGAUUUCCAUAGGAAAGUCAUUUCACUAAUCCAAGAGUUACUGUUGUCAAAGCAUCACCACAGGAAAUUUUGUAUUUUAAUGAUUGAUAAGUAAAGUAUUAUACUUGUUUGACGAUAGAUUUUAUUGAUGUACCAUUCCUUUUUUAUUUUUGGUAGAAAUAAUUCACUGGACCCCUACUUGCGGAUUUGA